UUUCCUUUCAGAGAAGAGAAAGCCUUUUUUAUAUUUUCAAGUACCCAAAACCGAGUUGGGGGCCCGUUUUUGAACUCACUGGGUUAACUCGACUCGACGAUCCCGAAAACUCGUCCAAACAUGGAGAUCGCCCCGGAGGCGGCGCCGAGCAUAGACGGCAAUAAUGAGAAUGGCGGCGUUUCUGGCAGCAGCGUGAAAGCGGCGUCGUAUUCGGCUUCGAAUUCGUCGUUGUUGCCUCGAGGUUUGAAGGGGAGCGUGGAGGCGAGGUAUGAGGAAGAUGAGGAGGAGGAGGAGGACGUGUGCCGGAUCUGCCGGAACCCGGGCGACUCCGAUAACCCGCUCCGGUACCCGUGUGCUUGUAGCGGAAGCAUCAAGUAUGUUCAUCAGGAUUGCCUUUUGCAGUGGCUCAAUCACAGCAACGCUCGCCAGUGCGAGGUCUGCAAACAUGCAUUUUCCUUCUCCCCUGUUUAUGCCGAGAAUGCUCCAACAAGGCUUCCUUUUCAGGAGUUUAUUGUUGGGAUGGCAAUGAAAGCUUGUCAUGUUCUGCAAUUCUUUUUGCGCCUUAGCUUUGUCCUUUCUGUGUGGCUCCUCAUAAUACCUUUCAUUACCUUCUGGAUAUGGCGGUUGGCUUUUGUAAGGAGUUUUGGUGAAGCGCAGAGAUUAUUUCUAAGUCAUUUAUCCACUACGGUUAUCCUUACUGAUUGUCUGCAUGGGUUCCUACUCUCUGCUAGCAUUGUGUUUAUUUUUCUGGGUGCCACCUCUUUGAGGGAUUACUUCAGGCAUUUACGGGAACUUGGAGGUCAGGAUGCUGAGAGAGAAGAUGACGGGGACAGAAAUGGUGCUCGUGCUGCAAGAAGACCUCCUGGACAAGCUAAUAGGAAUAAUGCAGGUGAUGGAAUUGGUGAAGAUGUGGGUGGAGCACAAGGAAUUGCAGGAGCCGGUCAAUUGAUAAGAAGGAAUGCAGAAAAUGUUGCUGCUCGGUGGGAGAUGCAGGCAGCUCGUCUUGAAGCUCAUGUUGAACAGAUGUUUGAUGGUUUGGAUGAUGCUGAUGGUGCAGAGGAUGUGCCUUUUGAUGAGCUUGUUGGCAUGCAGGGCCCUGUUUUUCAUUUAGUAGAAAAUGCAUUCACUGUUCUGGCAAGCAAUAUGAUAUUCCUUGGUGUUGUGAUCUUUGUGCCUUUUUCGUUAGGCCGGAUAAUACUCUAUUAUGUAUCUUGGCUUUUCUCCACCGCUAGUGGUCCAGUUUUGUCAACAGUCAUACCACUUACUGACACUGCCCUCUCCUUAGCAAAUACUACUUUGAAGAAUGCGUUAACUGCUGUUACAAAUUUGUCAUCUGAAAGCCAAGAAAAUGGUCUGGUUGGCCAGGUUGCGGAAAUGUUGAAGGGCAACUUUAGUGGUCUAAAUGAAGUAUCAAACAAUAUUAGUUCACCACUUUCAGCAGAUCUCUUGAAAGGGGCAGCUAUUGGAGCAUUACGGCUUUCGGAUGUUACAACUCUUGCCAUUGGAUACAUGUUUAUUUUUUCUCUAGUUUUCUUCUACCUUGCCAUUGUUGCGUUUAUCCGGUACACUAAGGGUGAGCCUUUGACUUUGGGGAGGUUCUAUGGUAUUGCUUCUAUAGCAGAGACAAUUCCAUCUCUCUUCAGGCAAUUUUUAGCAGCAAUGAAGCAUUUAAUGACCAUGAUAAAGGUUGCUUUCCUUCUUGUCAUUGAACUUGGGGUGUUUCCUUUGAUGUGUGGAUGGUGGUUAGAUGUAUGUACUAUAAGGAUGUUUGGAAAGUCAAUGGCUCAAAGAGUUCAAUUCUUCUCAGCUUCUCCUUUAGCGAGCUCAUUGGUUCAUUGGGUUGUAGGAAUCGUUUAUAUGUUGCAAAUAAGCAUUUUCGUCAGCCUUCUUAGAGGGGUUUUGCGUAAUGGAGUGUUGUACUUUCUUCGAGAUCCUGCUGAUCCAAACUACAAUCCUUUCCGUGAUUUGAUUGAUGAUCCUGUGCACAAGCAUGCUCGCAGGGUUCUGUUAUCAGUUGCUGUUUAUGGGAGUUUGAUUGUGAUGCUGGUGUUCUUACCAGUCAAACUUGCUAUGCGGAUGGCUCCCUCCAUUUUUCCACUCGAUAUAUCGGUGUCUGACCCAUUUACUGAAAUUCCAGCUGACAUGCUACUCUUCCAAAUUUGCAUCCCAUUUGCCAUUGAGCAUUUUAAAUUGCGGACAACAAUUAAAUCCCUUCUCAGAUAUUGGUUUACAGCAGUUGGCUGGGCACUUGGUUUAAUGGAUUUCCUGUUGCCCAGACCUGAGGACAAUGCUGGUCAGGAAAAUACAAAUGGGGACUUAGGAAGGCAAGAUAGACCUCAGGCAUUACAAAUAGGUGGACAUGAUCAGGCCCUAGUGGCUUUUGCAGGUGCUGAUGAUCCAAACAGAGGCAUUCUUGCAUCAGCGAACUCAAAUGUUUCAGAGGAAGAUGCUGAUGAACAAUCUGAUUCAGACAGGUAUGGCUUUGUACUUCGCAUUGUCUUGUUGUUGGUGGUGGCUUGGAUUACUCUGCUUAUCUUCAACUCUACCUUGAUAGUUGUACCAAUCUCAAUUGGAAGGGCAAUCUUCAAUGUUAUUCCUCUUCUCCCAAUAACUCAUGGCAUCAAGUGCAAUGAUCUAUAUGCUUUCAUCAUUGGAAGUUACUUAAUUUGGACUGCCGUAGCUGGUGCGAGAUACUGCAUUGAGCAUAUUAGAACAAAGAGGGCUAAAGUCUUGUUGGGCCAAAUUUGGAAAUGGUGUGGCAUCGUUACUAAGAGUUGUGCGCUUUUGUCAAUAUGGAUUUUUGUAAUCCCAGUAUUGAUUGGGCUGCUAUUUGAGCUUUUGGUGAUUGUGCCAAUGCGGGUGCCUGUGGAUGAAAGUCCAGUUUUUCUCCUGUAUCAGGACUGGGCAUUGGGGCUCAUUUUUCUUAAGAUCUGGACUAGACUGGUUAUGUUGGAUCAUAUGAUGCCAUUGGUGGAUGAAAGUUGGCGAACUAAAUUUGAGAGGGUGAGAGAAGAUGGUUUCUCCAGGCUACAAGGUCUUUGGGUUUUGCGUGAGAUUGUCUUCCCAAUAAUAAUGAAGCUUUUGACAGCCUUAUGUGUACCUUAUGUUUUAGCCAGAGGGGUUUUUCCUGUGCUUGGAUAUCCAUUAAUAGUAAACUCAGCAGUCUAUCGGUUUGCCUGGCUGGGAUGUCUCUGCAUCAGUGUGUUGUGCUUCUGUGCCAAGAGAUUCCAUGUCUGGUUCACAAACCUUCACAAUUCCAUACGUGAUGAUCGCUAUCUGAUUGGCCGUAGGCUUCAUAACUUUGGGGAAGACAUCGUAGUGAGGCAAAAUGAGGUAGGGACUUCUGAUGAAAUGCAAGAUUCUAAUCUGCGGGGCACUGGUUUAAUUCAACACGACCGAGAAGUCGAUGUGGGGUUGCGGCUGAGGCGUGCUAUCCAACAUGAUGUUUAACAAAUAGGGCAUGUAUUUGGUCAGUUUUGACAUUUGUUGAGGCUUUUAUGAAGCAUCAGACUUGUACACCACUAUGUUGACGGAUGCAUGCACCUUUCUAUAGGUGUUGGAAAUGCAUUGUCAAGUUUAGGUUUAUUGUUUCUUUUACCAAAAGAAAAAUGUCUAGGGCUAUUGUUUGGCUUGUGUAUAUGUUACUUGUUAACUUAGUUAUUUGUAGGAAACAAAUAAAAUAUAGUUUGUUCAUAAAAA